UGUGUUUUGCCUUCCUAUAGUGCUCCCAAGUAUGUCAGAAGAAAAGGUCUCUCCUCCCAGAGCCCGGAACAUGAAGGACUUUGAAAAUCAAGUCACUGAGCUGAAGAAGGAGAACUUCAAUCUAAAGCUCCGCAUCUACUUCCUUGAGGAGAGGAUGCAGCAGGAGUUUGCUGGCCCCACAGAGCAUAUCUACAAGAUGAACAUUGAACUCAAGGUGAAAGUGGAAAGUCUGAAGCGUGAGCUCCAGAAGAGAGAUCAGUUGCUCGUCAAAGCCUCCAAAGCGGUGGACAGCCUAGCGGAAGGGGGUGGUUCCGAAGUCCAGCGGGUGAAAGAAGAUGCGGAGAAGAAGGUGCAGCAGGUUGAAGACCUCCUAAUGAAAAGGAUACAUCUUCUAGAAGAAGAUGUGAAAGCUGCCCAAGCAGAACUGGAGAAGGCCUUUGCGGGAACAGAAACAGAGAAAGCGCUUCGGCUCAGCCUAGAAAGGAAGCUCUCAGCACUGGAGAAGAUGCAGGAGGGGGCCCUGGAUAUGACUCUGGCUCUGGAAGAGAAGGACAGACUGAUUGAGGAGUUGAAGCUGUCUUUGAAGAGCAAAGAAGCUUUAAUUCAGUGCCUUAAAGAGGAGAAAUCUCAGAUGGCAUCUCCUGACGAGAAUGUGUCAUCUGGAGAACUCCGAGGACUUUCUGCCACUCUGAGGGAAGAAAAGGAGAGAGAUGCUGAGGCUGCACAUAAAGAACGGCAGAAGGAGACAAAUCACUUUGAAGAGAGAAUUCAAGCACUUCAGGAGGACCUGAGAGAGAAGGAAAGAGAAAUUGCCACAGAGAAGAAAAAUAGCUUAAAGAGGGAUAAAGCAAUUCAAGGCCUAACCAUGGCAUUAAAAUCAAAGGAAAAAGAGGUUGAAGAACUUAACUCUCAAAUCGAAGAGCUCACUGUCGCCUUCACCAAAGCCAGAGAGGCUCCCUCAAAAUCCCAGGUCUCAGAAUUCCAGGGGUCUGAGGACUAUGAAGCUGCCCUGGCAGAAAAAGAAGCCCUGUUGGCCAAGCUACACUCAGAAAACCUCACAAAGAGCACUGAGAACCAUAGGCUGCUCAGGAAUGUUAAAAAGGUCACCCAGGAGCUGAGGGACCUGAAGAAGGAGAAGCUGAGACUAGAGAGGGACCUGGAAGAAGCCCACCAAGAGGGGGACAGAGGAGCCCAAACCAUCCAUGAUCUUAGAAACGAAGUUGAGCAGCUACGCAAUGAAAUGAAUGAGAGAGACAAGGGGAUGGAGAACCAUUACAAGUAUCUUCCAGGUGAAAGUAAUAGAAUGUUCCAUGUCCCAGAACAGGCUGUCCGACAUCUAACAGAAAGUGCCAGUCAAGAGGACCUGAUGCUUCAGAAAUCCAAUGAAAAAGAUUUGGAAGCAAUACAGCAGAACUGUUAUUUAAUGACUGCAGAGCUCAAGUUUGGGAGCGAUGGCUUAAUAACAGAAAAGUGUUCUCAGCAGUCACCAGGCAGCAAACUCAUCUUCUCCAAGGAAGAGCAACAAUCAGACUAUGAAGGGCUGACUGGGGACUUAAAGUCCGAGCAGAGCAUCUAUGCCCAUCUGGCAAAGACCCUGCAGGACAAAGACAAUGUCAGCGACCUGCAGGGUGAGCUGAAAGAGGUCCUUGCCCUGCGGAAGCAGCUGGAGCAGGAUGUGCUUGCCUACCGGAAUCUGCAGACGGCCUUGCAGGAGCAGCUCAGCGAAAUUCGGAGGCGGGAAGAAGAACCAUUUUCAUUUUAUAGUGAUCAAACAUCGUAUCUAAGUAUUUGUCUUGAAGAGCACAAUCAGUUUCAAGUGGAACAUUUUUCUCAAGAAGAACUCAAGAAAAAGGUCAGUGACCUUAUACAGCUUGUGAAGGACCUACACACAGACAACCAGCACCUCAAGAAAACCAUUUUUGAUCUCUCUUCCAUGGGCUACCAGGGAAGUGACAGACUUGAGUCAACAAAACAAGCGAAGCAUCUGGCUAGCAAGGAGGAUGAGGACACAAUCAAAUUUGAAGUGGACAAUGAGAAUCAUUUCCAGAGCGCCCAGCAUUUGGAACAGAGUAAAGAGAUCAUGGAGGACUACGCCGAGGGUGGCUGCAAAAAUGGGUAUUUAAGGCACAUGGAUUCCACUAUUUUAGACCAUGAUGGCGUCCACACACCUGGCAUCCCUGAAAACGAGAACCUACAAGACGAACUCCUGAGCCUGCUUGCCACUUUCUUCCUCAAGAAGGGCACACCAUCGCUGGAAUCCAGGCCAGAUCUUCUGAAAGCUCUUGGUGCCCUGCUUUUAGAGCGAAUGUGCUUAGUAGAGCAGGGGCUUCCUGGAGACCACCUUCAGCAAGUAGCUGUUGAGUUGAGAGAUGAGCUUGGGCAUUCCUGCCCAGCCAACUCAUUCUCUAAGUCAAACAAUGAACUCAAGUCAACAUGGAGGACCUGGCUAGAAAAGACAGGUGACGAAGCCAAGGUUGAACUGAAGAAUGCCUCCGUGCAGACCAUCACCAUAGAGGACACCCCUCAUGGAUUCAAAUUUGAAAGAACGAGAGAAGCUAGGGAAGAGAAACCAAAAGAAGCCAUUUUCAGCACUGCAUCUGAAUCAGAGGCCUUGGGUGAGAAGCCAGGGCUUCAGGCCACUCCCCUCUCAUUCCCCAGUGCCAUCAACACGGAUGCUGAGAAGACAGACUUGCUGAUCCAAUUAAAGACAUCUGAGUUACUGGAAAAUGUGUAUGAUCUUCCUGCCUCCCCAGAGAUGGUGGCUCAGCUCCAGAGCCAAGUUCUAGAGCUGCGGGGAAAGCUGAAAGAGUCGAAAACCCGCAACAAGCAACUCCAUGACAAGCUAGUUCUGGCAGAGGCAAUGCUGGAGGGGAUGGCAGUGCCCAGCCCAGCACUGAUGAACGUGCCUGCAGCUCAGCCUGUUGUGAGAACAGCCUACCAGGACAACCCAGGCGAGCAAGAAAGACCUGAAUCUACACGUUCUGCUGGGAGAGACAAGGAAGUGGACAGUGACCAAUGCACAAGCUUUGAGAUCGAUUCUGAAAUCUGUCCGCCUGAUGACCUUGCCUUAUUACCAGCAUCCAAAGAGAACCCUGAAGAAUUCCUCGGCACACCCUCCAUAGCCACUUACUUGAAUUCCAAGAGUCGGCUCUCUCUUAAAGUCAGUGUGAUGGAUACUGACCAAUCUGAGAAUAUUAAUAUCCCUGAUGACAUAGAGGACUUAAAGCAGAAAAUCCAGGACUUGCAAACUGAGCUGGAAGGCUACCGGAACUUCAUUGUCCAGCUGCAGAAGCACUCUCAGUGCAGUGAGGCCAUUAUCACAGUUUUGGGUGGGACAGAGGGGGCCCAAGAUGGCUUGAACCAGCCUACAGACUGCAUUGAUGAAGAAGAGAUGACAUUUUCAAGUUUGCACCAAGUACGAUACGUGAAGCACAUGAAAAUCCUCCAACCCCUCACUCCAGAAAUGAUUGACAGCAGGAUGUUAGAGUGCCUCAAACAACAGCUGGUGGAACAAGAGCAGGAGCUACAGAAGGAGCAGGAUUUGAACUUGGAACUUUUCAGUGAGAUCCAUAACCUGCAGAACAAGUUCCAAGACCUCUCCCCAUCAAGAUACGAUUCAUUGGUUCAGUCCCAAGCCAGAGAGCUCUCCCUUCAGCGGCAACAGAUUAAGGACAGCCAUGGCAUCUGUGUCAUUUACCAUCAACACAUGAACACCAUGAUCAAGGCAUUCGAGGAGCUUCUGCAGGCCAGUGAUGUGGACAGUUGUGUGGCUGAGGGCUUCCGGGAGCAGCUAACACAGUGUGCUGGACUGCUGGGGCAACUGGAGAAGCUGUUUCUCCACGGAAAAUCAGCUGGAGUGGAACCAUGUCCCCAGAGUGAACUACUAAAGAGGUUAAGGACUGAGGAAGACAACUUAACCUACCAGCAUCUCCUGCCUGAAUCUCCUGAGCCUUCUGCCUCUCACUCACUAUCAGAUGAUAAAAUGUCUGAGAAGUCCUUCCUAUCCCGAGAUCCGAAGCCAGACAGUGAGACGAUAGUGAGCCAUUUUCCUCAAGACUUACUAAUGGAACAUAUACAGGAAAUUCGAACUUUGAGAAAGCGUUUGGAAGAAUCUAUUAAAACAAAUGAGAAGCUCCGGAAACAGCUGGAACAGCAUGGGUCUGAGACUGACCAAGGUUCCACAAAUGUCUCUGCUUAUGGCUCAGAACUGCAUAGCUCUCUGACUUCAGAAAUACAUUUCCUGAGGAAGCAGAACGAGGCCCUCAGUAUGAUGCUCGAGAAAGGUUCCAGAGAUAAACAGAAAGAGAAUGAAAAAUUACAGGAGGCCCUGUCCAGGAAGGCUGCUAGUCUUGAGCACCUUCAGCUAGAGUACACCAGUGUAAGGGAAGAAAAUGAAAGGCUGCAGAGAGACAUCGAUGAGAAGGAGAGACACAACCAACAGCUGGCUCAGGAGGUCUGCAGCAGCCGCCAGGAGCUAAGCAGGGUACAGGAAGAAGUGAAGUCAAGGCAGCAGCUGCUCUCACAGAACGACAAGCUGCUUCAGUCCCUCAGAGUGGAGUUGAAGGUGUAUGAGAAGCUGAACGAGGAGCAAAGGAAGCUACAGCGAGUGGCCCAAGGUGAGGCAUCUGGAGAAGGCUGGAUGGGGCCGGAUCCUUUUAACAACGUGCAUGGCCUCCUGACAGAGAUGCAGGCUCUCCGCAAGCAGUUAGAAAAGAGCAUUCACACUAACAACACCCUGAAGAGCAAGCUGGAGGAGCAACUGUCACAAGGGUCAAAGAAGGCCCAGGAAGGGGCCCUCACUCUGGCUGUCCAGUCCCUGUCUGUCACCGAAUGGACUCUUCAGCUGGACAAACAUGGUGGCAGCAAAUGUCCUGAGGCCUGUGAUAAUUCAUUGGAUCUGUUUGAAUCCACCCAGGCAAUGGCACCUAAAUCAGCUUUGGAGACUCCUCUGCUCUCUGGAACUGACGUUGACUCCCUCCCCUGUGACAGUAGCUGUUCUGCCGUCAGCCCCGCUAGCAUGCCCUGUAUGGUUGAUGGCCACCAUGUGUGGGCUAGCAAGAGUGGCCACCAUAUGCUGGGCCUGAUUGAGGACUAUGAUGCCCUUCAUAAGCAGAUCAGCCAGGGCCACAGACUGCUUGCCAAGAUGGACAUUCAAACUCAAGAGGCUCUGAGCCCCGCAAGUCAAAAGCUGGGGCCAAAGGGUUCACACUCUAUGCCUCUGAGCACGUUUCUCUCCAGCAUGAACACAGCUAAGCUGAUCCUGGAAGAAGCCUCCAGGCUGCUGAAGCUCUUCUGGAGGGUCUCGGUUCCCACAGACGGCCAGUGUUCCCUUCACUGUGAGCAGAUUGGAGAAAUGAAGGCAGAGAUCACCAAACUACACAAAAAACUGUUUGAACAAGAAAAGAAGCUGCAAAAUACAGCAAAACUUCUGCAGCAGAGCAAGCACCAGGAGAAAGUCAUCUUUGAUCAGUUGGUCAUCAUCCACCAAGUCCUUCAGAAGGCCAGGGGAAACCUGGAGCUCAGGCCCAGGGUGGCUGCUCAUCCAGAAACAUCCAGUCCCAGCAGGCCAGGCUCCUGAGGAGAGCUCUCAGCUAAUAAAGCUUGUGGUCCUGAGAUUGCGUGCCUCUGUCCUCACUGUGGCUCCUGGUGAUGGGGGAAGCAAUGGCUGCCACCAGAGGAAGUGUGGCGAUGUGCUGUGCUUUCUGUCUGAAAGUUGGCUUCAGGUGGUAGUUUCAAAGGCACCAUUGCUCUGCAGUCAGGCACCAGAAAGGCUCUGAAUGCUCUGAUUGAUCUGGAGUACCCUGCACACUGGCGGGCUUCACACCCUCAGGUCUGAGAACUCAGCUUUCAUCCAGCACUG